UCCCAAUUCAAUCAUGAAUCUCCCUGCUUCAACAACAUGCUGCUCUUCCUUUCUUUUUUAAAAUGUCUGUAUGAGCUGGCAUAGCAUCUUUAUCUUGGACUGCAAGUUCCUUUUAAGCACUCUUUGGAUUUUCUAGUCUCGAACUUUCAACGGAUCACUCUCGUUUUUGCUUUGUCUGAAGUUGAUCAAUCUCAGAAAUGGGAAGACAACCUUGCUGUGAUAAGGUUGGAUUAAAGCGCGGUCCAUGGACGAUAGAGGAGGAUCAUAAGCUGAUGAACUUUAUACUCAACAAUGGUAUUCAUUGCUGGAGAACGGUUCCCAAGCUUGCAGGUCUGUUAAGAUGUGGAAAAAGUUGCAGAUUAAGAUGGAUAAAUUAUCUCAGACCAGACCUUAAGAGAGGGGCUUUCACAGAAUCAGAAGAGGAUCAGAUUAUUCAACUUCAUGCGCGUCUUGGAAACAGGUGGUCCAAGAUUGCUUCACAUUUUCCUGGUCGUACAGAUAAUGAAAUCAAGAACCAUUGGAAUACUCGAAUCAAGAAGAAGUUAAAGCUCCUUGGCCUAGACCCUGUGACACACAAGCCUAUUGAGAAGGCAGAGAAAACUGAUGGUAAAAAUAAGAUGACCUCGAACUCUAAUUCAUCUAAUAAACAAGAAGCAAGCUUCGAGUCAAAGUCAGAGGAUGAUCAUGCCAUCACAGUUUCUACAAGCAGAGAUGAGAAAUCAGAAGAAACUCAAGUAAUUUUUGAUGAAACAAACGAUCUAUUAAACAACUACCAAAUGUUGUGUGGAAGCUUUGAUUUGGAGUCAUGGCUGAACCAAGAUACAAAUACUUCUUCCUCUUACACAUCUUCAUUCUCAGUGGAAGAAUCCAACAAUCCUUCACUGGGUGAAACCACCUCUACUCAAGAAGACUCCCUAAAGCAAUGGGUUGACAGUGUGGAUUCAUUUCUCUCAUGGGAUGGCUUCAGUCAUCUGGAAGAAAUUUUUCCUCCUUGGGAAAUAGGCAAUUGAACAUAACUUCUUCUAUUCCCAAGUUUCUCUUUAGACUACUACCCUAUCGUCUUAGCAAUAAAAAAAAAGAUCACAAAAGGUGAUUCGGAUUGAUCAUAUCUGCUACCAAAAACUGCAGCUUCCUCUCCACUUCAACUCUUUUUCACCUUCUUGCUUUGUGUUUAACCUUUGAAGUUGUACUUAUCAAAAAUUGGUGUCCUUAAUUUCCAGAAUUAAAUUACCCGUGAUUGAUCACUA